CCAUGGGAGAAAGAGGAAGAGAAGAAGAAAGAGGAGAAGGAAAAGAAGAAGUCCUCCAGACAUUAAGAGGCGGAUGUUUCCAGUUUUAAAGAUCAGUGUUUCAGGGUUGGAUCCAAAUGCUAUGUAUUCUUUUCUGCUGGAUUUUGCUCCAACUGAUAGCCACCGCUGGAAGUACGUGAAUGGAGAAUGGGUUCCUGCUGGAAAGCCAGAGCCAUCCAACCACAGCUGUGUCUAUAUCCAUCCAGACUCACCCAACUUUGGAGCACACUGGAUGAAGGCCACAGUAUCUUUUAGCAAAGUGAAACUUACCAAUAAGCUAAAUGGCAAUGGGCAGAUUAUGUUGAAUUCCCUACAUAAAUAUGAGCCUCAAGUUCAUAUUGUCCGGGUAGGAGGCCCACAUAGGAUGGUAAUGAAUUGUUCUUUUCCUGAAACUCAGUUUAUUGCUGUGACUGCCUAUCAGAAUGAAGAGAUAACAGCUCUCAAAAUCAAAUACAAUCCUUUUGCCAAAGCAUUUCUGGAUGCAAAAGAAAGAAAUCACUCCAAGGAUGCUCCAGAUAUUGUCUCUGAAAGUCAACACAUGACAUAUUCUCACUUGGGUGGUUGGUUGAUUUCCAAUCCUGAUGCUGUCUGUGCAGCAGGAUCUUCCAAUUAUCCAUAUACCGGGAGUUUUUCUCU